AGGCAGCAGCAGUAGUAUGGUGGGAUAGAGCAGCAGAGCAGAGAGCGCAGCAUCAGUGAGUGGGGUGCCUCCGUCUAUACAGUACUUUAGGAACAUUUUGAACAGAAAGAGAAGAAAUAGAGCCGUAAUGCCUUCAUCUGGCAGUGGAGUGGAGGAAGCCCGUGUGUCAGUUCUGACCCCUUUGAAGUUGGUGGGUUUAGUGUGCAUUUUCCUGGCCCUGUGUCUGGAUAUUGGAGCAGUUUUGAGUCCUGCCUGGGUCACGGCAGACAAUCACUAUUAUCUCUCUCUAUGGGAAUCCUGUUGGAAACAUACGAACACUGAAGACAGCUGGCACUGCAACUCCACACUCGGCACUGACUGGCAAAUUGCAACCUUGGCUUUGCUCCUAGGUGGUGCAGCCAUCAUCCUGAUUGCCUUCCUGGUGGGUUCGAUCUCUGUCUGCAUGGGCUCGCGGAGGCACUUUUACCGCCCAGUUGCUGUCAUGCUUUUCGCUGCAGUGGUUCUUCAGGUAUGCAGCCUCAUCCUGUAUCCUAUCAAAUUUAUUGAGUCUGUCAGCUUGAGAAUAUACCAUGAGUUCAACUGGGGCUAUGGGCUAGCCUGGGGAGCUACCAUUUUCUCCUUCGGGGGUGCAAUCCUCUACUGUUUGAAUCCCAAGAACUAUGAAGACUACUACUAGCACUGACCGUCCUCACAGUGUCAGCUACAGGGCUGAUCUAAUGUACAACCUUAUUUUUCUAACACACAGAUCAGUAGGGAGAGAAGAAACUGCUUAGUCAUGUUUUUCUGCAUUUGGCUGCAAAAAAUAAAAUUUCUAACAAAGACAACUUGGGUGGGAAAAAAAACUAAAAAUUAUUGAUUUUUUUUCUAGAGAUUAACUGACCAAACUACUGAACUGACCAAAUCUGACACUUUUAAAGAUGUUGACAAUAAACUAAUACGUGGAGAAACAAAAGAGAGCGCACAAUGGAAAUGUGCUUGCUGUCCUAACUAAAUAUUAUAAGUAUUAUAAAAGCAGUAAUAUAAGUAUUAUAAAAGCAGUAAUAUAAGUAUUAUAAAAGUUUGUGCCACAGGGUUGGUGACCAAGAAAAAAGAGGCUGUCUGAUUCAAACACAGAAGCAAACUUGCUGUGAGUGACUACAAAACAAACAGAACAGAAUUAAGGAUGUUAGGUAAUUGUAUCAACUAAUAUUCUUUUGAGGACCUUCCAGUACAGGUCUUCAGAAAUGCCUGAUUUUCCAUAUAUUUUCACUAGUAGUUGUACUAUCAGCAUUGUGAAGUCCGUGGGCAAAGACAAAGACAUGUGAUUCCAAUUAAGAGUCAUGUGAUUGUGCCUCAACUCUCCAGUGUUCCAAACUGUUUCUCUAUACAGCAGGACUCCAGUUGCCCCUGAGCCACCAAAGGGAAAGAUCACAGUUGACUUGGACUUGAAGAAAACACCUGCUCAAUGCAUACCCCGAGAAUUAUGUGGUUUGCAUGCAACAGACAACUUUUGGAGACGACUUGCUGUCCAAGAAUAUUGUGAAGGCCAAAACUUGCUGUUACAUAUGUUCUGCGAUCAGGCUUUGCAGCUGGGGAUUCAUUUGGUUAAAACCACACAAUUUAUUAGUAAUCCUACAAAAUCAAGAGGAUCAUAAACAUUUUUUUUUAUUAUUUUUUUUUUUAAGAUAAACCUGCAGAAAAUAAAAAUCAUUUUUUUUAGGACUCUAGUCUACUUCAAGAAGAGUAGACAAAGGUUGCUAAAAUCCUUCUGUUGCUAUUUUUAUCCAUUUCAGGACCACAGGUCUUGCAGUUCAAAUCGAUAUCAAUCCACAGGAUUAGCUCAACUCUUUCUUAAAAGAGAAAUGAUCACAGUGACAGAGCUUGGAUGAAUGGAUAAUUACAAAAGAAACUGUACAGGUCGACAUCUAAGAGAAUAUACCAUGUGUGUCUAAUCAACAUACAGCGUUGAAGACAUGAGCCAGCAUACAGUAAUGGCUUGGUAUUGUGUAUGUUUGCUUAGAGUAUUUGUAUUACUACCCUAGCAAAGGUCUAAGCAUGUUUUAGUCAUGUUUACUGCCUUGACUGUUAAACCCCUAUCGGUUUUUAACUAGAUUUAGCAUUAUGUGUCUUCAGCAGUUCAGUGUUUCAUACUUCUUUAUCUUAAGGAGAGUGGUCAGUUAUUUCUGUUUUUCUUUAAUUCAAGGACUCAGAAACGUUGUUGUGCACAUAAGGUGGCACAUUUCACAGGCUAUCAAUUUGGCUAUCAGUUUGCAACAAAGUGUGACAACUCGCAAACUGAAAAAGAAAAGCAACACAUUGAUUUUCUUUGAUUUUAUUCGACUUUAUUCUUGGCUUGGGCCUUACCAAUACAGGAUACCUGUGAAUUCUUUGAGGAAUCUAAAGCUCUCAUCUGUCUCUUCAAAUAACACAUAAAUUAGCCUCUAGCCAGUGGGGAAAAUGUACAAUUGCAUUACUCUGUAAAUAAUAUAUAUGUGAGGGGCAGCUAUCAGCAUUUUUAAAAGAUAAAACUAUAAUUAUAUUUACUGCAGAAACAAGAAACUAUAAAACUAGCAUUCCAGCUUAAGCGGUCUUAACCUAUAGUGAAGGGUGAUUAGCUUUACUGGAUUAAAUUAAUGAAUGUGAUAACCAAGACUUAUUGAAGUUUGAUGGAUCGUAUAUUUUUGCAAGCACCUGAUUUUCAGCAUUUUGAAUUACAGCAAAAUAACUGAUUACCAUUACACAAUAGGUCUCAACAAAUGAUAUAUAUUUUGGAAAAUACCUAAUCUACACUUUUAGAGUGUCUUCUUGCAUUGCUGUUAAAUUUGAAAAUACCUAUAAUACACCACACCACUAGCACAAAAUACAUGUAAUUAAGCUUUCAGUGUUGUAGUAUCAAAACAAAUCCUUCCUGUUAGCGUCCCUAUUUCAACUGCCCUUUCAUUUGCCUAUGACAAAUGUACUGUACCUGUCACCCCUUGUUAUGAAAAAGAUGAUGCCACAUAUGCAUAUGUGUUAUGGUGCUGUUUGGGCAAACCUCUCACUGUAAUACCUCCUCCGGAUACUACGACUACUACCACCAAUAAUAUAUAUAUAUAUAUAGUAACACGGCCACACUCGCCAAGGUUCGUUUGCUUCUUUAAAAACCAUAGACCCCGGCACAACACUUGGUUUUUAGUGCUUAGGUGCAUGUUUAAUAAUACAAAAUAAACAAAAACAAAAAUAAACACAUAGCUCCUUCGUAGCGCCAACUGACUAGCUCGCAGGACGGCUAAGCUGUUUACCUGACAAAUAACAAAAACACACAGUUGUAAACACGAAUAUGAACCAGUACACACAGUUUCUGUUUGCUUACUCUUGCAACGCACAGUCGGGCACUUCACACAGAAGUUGCCCAGAAGAGAGCAACUACUUCCCUUAAAUACUCUGCACCUGGCUCUAAUUUUACAGUAAUAGCCAGGUGCAGGUGAUAUAUAUAUAUAUAUAUAUAUAUAUAUAUAUAUAUAUAUAUAUAUAUAUAUAUAUAUAUAUAUAUAUAUAUAUACUUCAUUAUGGAUUAGCAUGUAACUAUAAAUUGUCAAAUAAGCAACGAGCAGACCACAACAUAAGGUUUACCUGUAUGGCUAGCAAAGUAAUUUAUUCAGACUUCAUCUGUAUUUUUGAAAAGAACUGUGCACACUAACCUGUCUGUGUCCUCUACAUUGCCUCAAACUGUGCCUAGAAAUUGGAUUUAGAUUUAUCUAAGAAUCAAAUGUAUUUCCAUAUACUGGUUGUGUUCAUUUUUUUAUUUUAUUGUUUUCCUUUCUGUUGCAUUGUCUAAGUCAGAAAAAACGCAAUUUUCAUUGGUUUUAAACAAAUAUGUACUUUGUUUUAGGUGAGCUACAAAAAAAAUUGACAUUGUUCUUUUGAUUAAAAAAAAAAAGUUUAUUUAAUGUAUACAGAAUUGGGGUCCAAGACACAUUACAAAUGAAGAAGCAACUAUUCAAAAGUAGUAAAACAAAUAAUAAUAAUAAUAAUAAUAAUAAUAAUAAUAAUAAUAAUAAUAAUAAUAAUGAUAAAUUAACUGUAAGGCUUUCUGAGGAGAGUGACUGCCAUACAGUUAACUGUUUAUGUACUGGGAAGCUCAUACAUAUUGGCAAGUUAUCACUACAACCUACAAGAUUAAUUUAUAAAACCUUUCACUCUAUCAUAUGUUUGGAAGUUUCUUAAUGUACCGUACCGGUCUAUAUGGGAUAAAACAUAACUGGGAUUAUUAUGUGCCAAAAAUAUAUCUCUGAAAUAUACGUUUUUUUUUAUUUUCACGACCCGCUUCCGACCGGGACCAGUUACUACAGGACCCGACCCAAACCUACAACCCGCUGCAACACCGUCUUCUUACCUGCGACCCGACCCACUUUAAUAAGAUCUGCAUCCCGACCUGAACCCGCAAGUGUUUGUCCUUUACCUACUGCCUGCGUCAACUGACUUUCUCACUCUCACAUUUGCACACAGGUAUCUCUACCAUUCUCUACAGAUUGAGUUUAUACAAUGGGCUAUACAGCGUGGUAGCUUUCUCUAGUGGUCUGCAUAUAUUUUAACAUUGUAACAUUAACUGUCUCAACUUACUUUACUAUAAAACUAUGUUUCACCUCGUUCACAAAUAUUUUUAGUAUCACCAAGCAGACGUGAUAAAAAGAUCUUGCGACGUAUCAAACAAGUGAGAACAACACUGCUUAGUCAGCUGACUCCACCCUAAUCGCCUCCUGCUUUAGUGCAGGAAAUACUGGUACAUUUACCUUCUGAUACGUUAUAUGGGCAGAAAAUGUUUCUGGUGAUUCAACUUCAGACCCGAAAAUUAAAUUAUUUUGACUUGCACCCGAACCGCAAACCGUGAAAAAGUUCACAUUUCGACCCGAACCCGACUCACUUUUGUGGGACACCCGCUGGUACUCAACCCGAUAAAGGACUCUAAGUCCCGAUGGCUUCUCUAUCAUUCUUAUCUGCGGUCAUUUCCUGGAAGAAGCAAUGUAUAUCCAUGAUUUAGUGUACUGUCAUUUUCAUGGUCUGUGUGCUUCUGUUAGUUCUGUGUGCUCUCUGUAUGCCUCACCCCUAAGGGUGCACCUAAGCCUGCACUAUACAGUGUAAAGGGAUAUGUAUGUUCACCAUAAUGUGCAACCAGCUGCCUUGGCCCCCUGUACAUUGUGUAAGAUGUGAGGUCACAAAUUGGGUGAGUUUGUCCAAGCAUAGAGGAACUGUAAACACCUUGUAUGCCAGUACCUAUUAACAUGAGUUACAUUGAAAGAUUCCAGGAUGAAGCAUGGUGCUUAAAGCAGGCACCUGACAACUCUGGACUUUUAACCUACUUCAGUGACCCUGUGAUAAAGAGCCAGUGAUGAUGAGCUUUACCAUGAUGACUAGAUUACUGUAACUUCUUCCCGGAAGGGAACUAUUUACUCUUGACUCGUGUUCCAGAGAGUCCCAAAAAUUGUUUGCAAGGAAACCUGGACUAAUUUAAUAUCAGAUGAAAGAAGUUUAAAAUAAUUAAAUAUAUACCUGUUUUUUUAGAGAUGUUUUUUUUAUAUAUAUCAUUGUUGUUUUGUAGGCAAGGCUGCCAAUAUUUAUGAGCACCGCAGUAUGUUUUCUGUAGCUAUAUGGUGGUUUAAAACUUAAUAUAAAUAAUUACAAAAGUCAUCACUUCAGUUUUCACAGCACCUAAGAGAGCCUAGGCUUUCUAUAUUUGCAUACAUCGACCAUGCCAGCUGGGAAACCAACAACUAAUUGUGCUGUAUGCACCUGUCAGACAUCAAAUACAAUGUGAAAAUUAAAUUAGGCUAUUAUCUGUGGGACAAUUAAAAUUGGAUUAAAGAACAAUUACUCUUUUUUUCAAUUCUUUGUAUAAACACAUACCCAAUUCCCUUUAUAGGGUUAUAUGAAAUGCAUUGUGUCAAUUGCUUCAACUGUUAAUGUGAGUUGUUUUAUAGUACAGUACAGUAUAUCUGACGGUGAUAUUUGGACACAACUAACAUAAUAAACAUAAAAAAAAGCGUU